AUGGCCAGCUCCCGCCCGGAUCCUGAACCCGAGCCCGAAUCCGUGUUCCCACGCGAGGUCCGGCUCUUCACCGACUCUUACUCGGAGAGCAGCCGGUUCUGCUUCUGUGGGCACGAGCUGAGCAUCACGCAAAACUUUGGGUCGCGCCUUGGGGUGGCGGCACGCGUGUGGGAUGCGGCUCUGAGCCUGUGUAGCUACUUCGAGAGUCAGAAUGUGGAUUUUCGAGGCAAGAAGGUGAUCGAAUUGGGCGCUGGGACGGGCAUCGUGGGAAUCCUGGCGGCGCUGCAGGGGGGGGAUGUUACCAUCACUGAUUUACCACUGGUCCUAGAGCAGAUCCAGGAGAAUGUCCGCGCUAACGUGCUAUCUGGAGGCCGGGCGAAGGUGUGUGCCUUGUCCUGGGGAAUUGACCAGCAUGGCUUUCCUGGAAACUAUGACUUGGUGCUGGGGGCAGAUAUCGUGUACCUGGAACCUACCUUCCCACUGCUGCUGGGGACCCUCCAACACCUGUGUGGGCCCCAUGGCACCAUCUACCUGGCCUCCAAGAUGAGAGAGGAGCAUGGGACAGAGAGCUUCUUUCAACACUUCCUACCCCAGCACUUCCAACUGGAGCUGGCCCAGCGGGAUGAGGAUGUGAAUGUUAACAUCUAUAGAGCCAGGCACAGGGAAGGGAGACCUGCCCGACAUCACCCUUCCUGUUGACCUCAGCCCCUGUCUCAGUGGAGGAACGGGCCUGUCUUCAGAGCCGUAAACAUCAGGACAAAAGGAAAGGAUGGCUUACCUGUCUUCUUUCUCCCCCUCCUCCAACUUGUUCCCCUAGGCAUUCUUGGGAAGAUGCAGGAGGGGGAAGGCCCGUUAAAAACAGCAGAGUCCUAGAAGCAUUGGGUUUAAAGCCCAAAGAAGGUGCCCAACACUUGUCUCCAGAGGAGGAGGGUGAGAAGGUAGUCAGGAUAUCUAGGGGUAAGGGAGGAAUAGUGGCUGCAGAGAGACGGUCACUGGUCACUCCCAGUUCUUUAAACAGAAUGGGCUCUUCUGUUUGUUUGUUUUUUGAGACAGGGUUUUUCUGUGUAGACUUGACUCACUGUGUAGACCAGGCUGGCCUCGAAAUCAGAGAUUUGCCUGCCUCAGCCUCCCGAGUCCUGGGAUCAAAGGUGUGCGCCACCACUGCCCCGGCCUCAGAAUGACCUUUUUUAAAAAGCACAUUCUUAGCCAGGGGGUAGUGGCAUAUGCCUUUAACCCCAGUACUCCAGAGGCAGAGGCAGGUGGAUCUCUGGGAGUUCGAGGCCAGCCAGAACUAUAUAGUGAGACCCUGUCUCAAAAACAAAAACAAAAACAAAAACAAAAAACAAUGUUUGACUUUUUUUUUUUAAAGGGGGAAAAUGAGCAUUAGUGAUCCUCUUCUGCAUCCCCAAACAUGUAGCUAUUGAGAGAGAGAGAGAGCUGGUACCAAGACCCCUCAGAGCCCCUGCUUCUCGCCUGCUGUGAUAUGACUCUCACUAAGACAAGUUCUUCUAGACCCGAGCCUGGGGACGAGCAGCAGAGCUGUCCCUUUGGGCGCUCCUUCAUCCUUUGCAAAGUUCAGGACCUGAUCACAGACUAUCAUGUUGUACCCAACUCUGGAUUGAGUUCUGGGUUCUUCUGAUCUCUGUUUUUUUCCUUCUUAAUUUGUUUUACCUUCACGUCUCGUCUCUGCCCUCUGGGGCAGUCUGGGUAGGGCUCUUCACACGU